CUUAUUACAAUUGACUAAUAGAAGCUCAACAAAUCAAUUUUUUCCAUUUCAUCUUUGCUUCACCUGCUUAGUUUCCUUGUGUGAACAUACAAGAGAGCUUUGAAUUUUCUCUCUUUUGAUUCUCAAAAUUCAUCAAUUCUUUGAGCUUGAAAUCACCUCAAGAACCCAAAAAACUCAUGUUUUUUCUCAGUCAACUCAUCAACCAACUGCCAACCCAGCAAGGAUUUGCCUAAUCAUUGCUGUUUUUCCAUCAGGGUCUCUCCGAAUUUGAUUAAAGAUUCCAUUUUUUCAUCUGGGUGUCUCUCAAUUUGAUAAAAAAUUCCAUUUUCCCAACUGGGUUUUGCUCAAUUUGGUUAAAGAAUCGAUUUUUCCAACUGGGUUUUGCUCAAUUUGGUUAAAGAAUCGAUUUUUCCAACUGGGUUUUGCUCAAUUUGGUUAAAGAAUCGAUUUUUCCAACUGGGUUUUGCUCAAUUUGGUUAAAGAAUCGAUUUUUCCAACUGGGUUUUGCUCAAUUUGGUUAAAGAAUCGAUUUUUCCAACUGGGUUUUGCUCAAUUUGGUUAAAGAAUCGAUUUUUCCAACUGGGUUUUGCUCAAUUUGGUUAAAGAAUCGAUUUUUCCAACUGGGUUUUGCUCAAUUUGGUUAAAGAAUCGAUUUUUCCAACUGGGUUUUGCUCAAUUUGGUUAAAGAAUCGAUUUUUCCAACUGGGUUUUGCUCAAUUUGGUUAAAGAAUCGAUUUUUCCAACUGGGUUUUGCUCAAUUUGGUUAAAGAAUCGAUUUUUCCAACUGGGUUUUGCUCAAUUUGGUUAAAGAAUCGAUUUUUCCAACUGGGUUUUGCUCAAUUUGGUUAAAGAAUCGAUUUUUCCAACUGGGUUUUGCUCAAUUUGGUUAAAGAAUCGAUUUUUGUGCAUAUGGGUCAUCAGAAAGAGGAUUUAAUCAAUGAGCUGACGGAGUUGAUCGAUGGGGUUUCUGGUUUGCCGGAGUGCCGGUCGGUGUCUAAGAGGAUGUACAGUAAUUUGGUGAGAAGGGUGAAGCUUUUGAGCCCUUUAGUUGAGGAUUUGAAAGAUAGUGAUGGUGUUGAGGUUGGUGAUGAUGUUGUUCAUGGACUUGAGUUGUUGAGAAUUGCUCUUAUUUCAGGUUUGGAGCUUCUCAAAUCUGUAAAUGAAGGCAGUAAGAUUCUUCAGGCUUUACAGAUCGAGAACAUAUCAUCAAGGUUCCUAAAUGUGACAGAGCAAAUUGAAGAUGCACUAAGCGACAUUCCUUACAAUAAGCUUGAUUUAUCUGAGGAAGUUCAAGAACAAAUUGAACUUGUGCAUGCUCAAUUCAAAAGAGCCAAAGGAAAGAUGGAGUCACCUGAUGAGCAACUUGAAAAGGAUUUAGCUAUGGCACAAAGGGAACAAUAUCCUGACCCCAUGAUUUUCAAACGGCUGUCUGAGAAACUGCAUCUCAGGACCAUAAAUGAUCUAAAGAAGGAGUCGCUUGCCAUCCAUGACAUGGUCAUUUCUAGUGGUGGAGAUCCCGAAGAGUGUUUUGAAACAAUAGCAUACCUCCUAAGAAAGCUAAAGGACUGUGCGAUGACAGAGAAUCCUGAACUGGAUGCCCUUGAGGGUGACAAGAGUUUGAUUAAGCACAGAUCUCCCGUUAUUCCGGAUGACUUCCGCUGUCCAAUAUCACUUGAGUUGAUGAAAGAUCCUGUUAUUGUAUCUACCGGACAGACCUAUGAAAGGUCGUGCAUCCAAAAAUGGCUGGAUGCAGGACACAAGACCUGCCCUAAGACUCAGCAGACACUGUUGCAUACUGCAUUGACUCCAAACUAUGUUUUGAAAAGCCUGAUUGCCUUGUGGUGUGAGAAUAAUGGUGUUGAGCUGCCUAAAAAACAAGGAACUUGUAGGAACAAAAGAUCUGGAGCUGGUGGUUCGGACUGUGAUCGUGCUGCUAUUGAUGCGUUAUUACAAAAACUUGCUAAUGGUAAUCCGGAGCAGCAAAGAGCAGCUGCUGGUGAGCUCCGUUUGCUAGCAAAAAGAAAUGCUGAUAACAGAGUCUGCAUUGCUGGAGCCGGGGCAAUUCCUCUACUUGUUGAACUACUAUCAUCAUCAGAUUCUCGUACUCAGGAGCAUGCUGUCACCGCACUUCUUAACCUAUCCAUAAAUGAAGGUAACAAGGGAACUAUUGUAAAUGCUGGUGCUAUACCUGAUAUAGUAGAUGUACUAAGAAAUGGAAGCAUGGAAGCAAGGGAAAAUGCAGCUGCUACCCUUUUCAGUUUAUCAGUAGUUGAUGAAAACAAAGUGGCAAUAGGAGCAGCCGGUGCUAUCCCAGCGCUUAUUGAUUUGCUCUGUCAUGGAACCCCAAGGGGAAAAAAGGACGCUGCCACUGCUAUAUUCAACCUCUCAAUCUAUCAAGGAAACAAAGUGAGGGCAGUACGGGCUGGAAUUGUACCACCACUAGUGAGAUUACUCAAGGAUCCCGGGGGUGGAAUGAUGGAUGAAGCACUUGCUAUAUUGGCAAUACUAGCAAGUCAUCAGGAGGGUAAGGCAGCUAUUGCUCAAUCUGAGCCACUCCCCGUCUUAGUUGAGGUAAUUAGGACAGGUUCUCCUCGUAACCGAGAGAAUGCUGCAGCUAUUUUGUGGUCUCUAUGUACAGGUGAUGUACAGAGCUUAAAGAUCGUUAGGGAGCUUGGAGUAGAAGAGGUACUGAAGGAACUAUCGGAGAAUGGUACAGAUAGAGCUAAAAGAAAAGCCGGAAGUGUUUUGGAACUUCUUCAACGAGUCGAUCCAGUUGAAUCAUGAUACUAGAUUAAUCUGUGCUGAGACUCUCUUUUGCAGCUAUCAAGAGGAACAUCUAUAUUGAAGUAGAAUGUAUGAAUCUUGAAGAAUUAUUUCCACCUGAGAACUUCAUGGAGGUCAGACAAUCCAGUAACUUAACUGUUCCGCGAUUCUGACACGCGAACGGAGAAAGAUCCCUUAUAAAGUCAGCAAUGUUUUUCUCUAUAUGUAUAUUUUUCACUUCUUUUUGACAGCUUGGUCCAGGAGCAAAGGCUUGUUUUUCAAAUUAGUGUUUAUAGCUGUAAUCUGUAUAAUGUUUGUUGUUUAUACUUUCAUCUUAGUGUUUGAUUAUGGAAGCAAUGUCACUUCCACUUUUGAUGAUGAAAUGAAGAAAAAAAAUUGUUGUUCUUAGGGGUUGUUUGGCAAAAGGUAUUCGAGAAAAUAAUGCAUGUAUUUAGUUUUGGUAUUACUAA